GCGCUGGCCGCCGCCAUGUUACCGAGCCAGGCCGCGGCCGGCAACGGGGCCGCCGCUGCCGCCGCUGCCCUGGCCCGCGGCUCGGCGCUGGGCCGCUCGGCGGUGCCCCGCGGGGCGAACGGCGGCGGCACCGGGGGAGGAGCGGCGGGGCCGCCGGGCGGGCGGCUGGAGCGGGAGGCGCUGUACAGCGGCAGCGAGGGCGACUCGGAGUCGGCGGAGGACGAGGAGCUGGGCGGCGGGGAGCGGCGCGGCAUCAAGCGGGGCCUGGCGGAGGCGGCGGCGGCGGCGGGGCCCGCGGUGGGCCCGGGAGCGGCGGCGGGCUCCGGGUACGGAGCGGGAGGAGGCGGCGGAGGAGGAGGAGGAGGAGGAGGAGGAGGGGGCGGUGGGGCCGUGAGCGGAGCCAAGCCCGGCAAGAAGACGCGGGGCCGGGUGAAGAUCAAGAUGGAGUUCAUCGACAACAAGCUGCGGCGCUACACCACCUUCAGCAAGAGGAAGACCGGCAUCAUGAAGAAGGCCUACGAGCUGUCCACGCUGACGGGCACCCAGGUGCUGCUGCUGGUGGCCAGCGAGACGGGCCAUGUGUACACGUUCGCCACGCGGAAGCUGCAGCCCAUGAUCACCAGCGAGACGGGCAAGGCGCUGAUCCAGACGUGCCUCAACUCCCCCGACUCGCCCCCGCGCUCCGACCCCACCACCGACCAGCGCAUGAGUGCCACGGGCUUCGAGGAGACCGACCUCACCUACCAGGUGUCCGAGUCGGACAGCAGCGGGGAGACCAAGGACGCGCUGAAACCAGUUUUCACCGUCACCAACCUGCCGGGGACGACGUCCACCAUCCAGACGGCCCCCACCACCUCGACCUCCAUGCAGGCCAGCAGCAGCCCCUCGUUCCCCAUCACGAAUUACCUGGCGCCAGUGUCUGCCAGCAUCAGCCCCAGUGCCGUCACCAGUGCCAACGGGACCGUGCUGAAGACUACUGGAGCCAGUGCUGUGACGUCCGGGGGCCUCAUGCAGAUACCCACCGGCUUCACCCUCAUGUCAGGUGGUACCAUGGCUCAGCAGGUCCCUGUCCAAGCAAUCCAGGUGCACCAGGCACCGCAGCAAACGUCUCCCUCCAGUGACAGCAGCACUGACCUUACCCAGACCUCUUCCAGCGGAACAGUGACCCUCCCAGCGACCAUCAUGACAUCGUCUGUGCCAACCACGGUGGGCGGCCACAUGAUGUACCCCAGUCCGCACGCGGUGAUGUACGCGCCCACCUCCGGCCUGGCGGAUGGUGGGCUCGCAGUCCUCAACGCUUUCUCGCAGGCGCCCUCAGCGAUGCAGGUGUCCCACAGCCAGGUCCAGGAUCAGGGUGGUGUCCCCCAGGUGUUCCUGACAGCCCCAUCAGGCACCGUUCAGAUCCCAGUCUCGGCUGUCCAGCUUCACCAGAUGGCUGUCAUCGGGCAGCAGAGCAGCAGUGGCAGCAGCCUGACGGAGCUGCAGGUGGUCAACUUGGACACCUCGCACAGCGCCAAGAGUGACUGAGAGGCCUCUGCUGCUGGCCUUGUGCCGUCCCUGGCUUGUCGUGCCGGUGCUGGGGCUGGCAGCCAUUCGUUCUCGUACAGACUGCACCAGUUAUUUAUUGUUGCCUUUUCACGUUUCCUUCAUCCACACAUGCACACACACACGCACCCACCCACCCACACACACAAACACACACACAGGCAUGCGCGUGGGGCUGCAGGACCUGCCUGGGGAGGAGCUGUGCCGGGGCCACGCAGGGCUUGGGGGCGUCGGGAUGCUGCGAUAGCUGUGCUUGUCUCUCGCCAGCCAAAGAAACUUGUCUCUCGAGGGGAGGGUGCGCACCAUGCUGUAAAUAAAUACUGGGGGGCUGUUCCCAGCUGGAGGCCCUGGAUCCUUCUAGGUGCUCCGGGUCGCCUUGGCUGUGGGUGUUUGCUCUGCGUGGGGCCUGGAGCUGUCCCCCGGGAGCUGGAGCGGAGCCGUGCUGGCCUCAGCAAUGUGCCUUUGUGGGGGUGACGGGUCCUGGCCGCGGCAGCUCCCCGCCCCAGGCUCCGCAGGGGAGCGAGUGGCCAGCUUGGAUGUGCAUCUCUGGUUGGGCCGGGCACGUGGCCCCAUCCUCCUUGUAUGCACUACAGCAAGCCCUCUGCCCUCAGUGCCUCCUCGUCGGGCUGCCCGGCGGCUCUGCAGCCUGUCCGGCUCUGCCCCCGGCAGCCGAAACGCUCGGCGGGUGGCAGAGCUCCCCGGGGACUCCGCGGCCAGCCCGGCCCCACGCUCCCGUCUCGGCCCUUGCACUGCUUGCGGACUCCAUAUGCCCGAGGGGGAUGUGGCCGGAUCUUUCCCGCAUCCCUCUGCAGCUCCAGCCGCUGCUUUCUAAAUUUCUGUGUCUGAUGCAAGGCGGAGAAGCAACUCGAGUGUCAAAGGGAAGAGCCUGCGGGGCACUGAGCUGCUGGGCAGGCGGCAGGCUCUUCCCGGAGUACCAGGGUGACCUGCGGGGCCAUCCAGGGCUGUGGAGGAGCCUCAGCAGGGCCGGGGAAAAAAGGGCUGGAGCAUGCUUGGUCCUGCAUGGGAGUUGCUGUGAAUGGCUCUGCUACCUAGCCCUGUCCCUGGAGGGAGAGUGAGCAAGUAAGAAGAAGCUGCUGAACCCUUAGGGGAAGGAGCAGCUACUGUAAUUUUUUUUAAGUUAAAGACGAAGCCUUGGGGAAAAAAAGAAAAAAAAAAAAAAAGAAAAAAAAAAAAGAAAAUGACUUUAUUUUUCUAAGUGUUAAACUCAGUAUUUAUGUAAUUCUUUAAGGAAUAAAAGUUUGGCUCCUGUACAGUUUUCAUGGGGUUUGUACCAGGGGGAUGGGAGAGGGGUGGGUGGGCAUGGAGGCAGGAAGGGGGCCUUGCUUUUUGAGUUUGUAUUGUAACCUUGGACAUGUUCCCUCAGCAUUAGCGUUUAAGCUGCGCUCUCUGCCCACCAGCACGUGCCAGGGACUGAGCUGACCCGAGCCAGACGAUUGUUUCCUACUUCCCUGCACUGAGGACUCCAUACCUAUAACUUCGGGUUUAAGGGGCAGGAGGCAAGUGAAGCAGCGGCUGGCCUCUAGGAGGGGGCACAGGGGCUUGCGGUGUGCCCGGUGGCCAGAGGUGGGCUGGGUUUUCUGGUGGCCGCUUCCACCUCUGGUCCUGGGCCGCUGGCUGUUCUGUCACCGCUGUCGGUGUGGAGCAGCAAAGGGACGUCCCCAGUCCUCUCUGGGGGGCGAGUGACCAGCAGUGGCCGCUCUCCCUGCUCGUGGUGCAGGUGGCACCUCUUGAACUUCUAGCUGAUGACCUGGGCUCUACUUUCCCUCCCUACAGCCUCAGCUUGCGCUGCUCCUUAGUGCACAGAUGUGGACAGGUUCCUUCCAUGUCCCUCUGUGCAGAGAGCUCCCUUGGGUAGCCAGCCCUGGUUCUGCCAUGCAGCCUGUGGCAGGCUCAUAGUGGCCCGUCUGGUGACCGUGAUGUUGCACGCUGCCUCCCCUUAGCAUCCUCGCCCUGAGCCGCAUGUCCCCCGCAGCUCAGAGCGUGCGGGAGCGCCGCACCAGAAGCUCUAAGAAAGCCGCUCGGUGCUGCUUCCGAAAGAGAAGGCUGAGUAGCUAGGAGUUCACCCAGGGAGAGAAAGGUGGGCUUGGGGCUCGCGUUACCCUUGUCCCAAGCACAUCGCCGGGGCCGUGCUUUGCUCCGCUUUGCUUGUGCUGGCACUGUGGAGCAGGGCUGCGGGGCCGGGGUGGCAGGAGUGCCAUUGCGGGGGCGUCUUGCUGCAUCCCCUCCCUCGUUACCCAAAGGCAACUGCUGGUUAAACGCUAAUGGUGUAUUUUAUUUAAGUGCAGACUUGUAAGAACACUUGUGUAUCAGGGACGAAAUGGCAUUUAUUGUGUGGUGACAUUUUUAGUUCAUUUUACUGGUUUGAGGGUUGUGUGUGUGCGCGUGUGUGUGUGUGCAUGUGUGCGCGCGUGUGUGUGCAUAAGUGUGUGUGGGAUUUUUUUUUUCCCCUCCAGUUUCCAGGGUUGUGUUUCUGGAAGGAUGUGGAAGUAAUCACAGUACUAUGUACAGAGCUUUCUUUUGUAUUAAAAAAAAAAAAAAAGAAAUUACUCUUUCAAUAAAUGUUAUCAUUUUGUGCACA